GAGAUAUUGAGAAAAGAAAUUUCAGGAAUUCUAAAAAGAGAGACUUUUGAAGAGGAGGAAAAAACAGAAGUAUCUAUAGGUGAUAAUACAUUAAUGACAUUAUAUGAUGACUUGUUUAAUAAUGAUUAG